AUGGAUGAAUACAAUGCAGCACGAAUGAUUUUAUGUGGGAUUCCUCUUGAUGAACCAUUUCUUCAGCAUUAUCUAUCUAGACUAGUAAAAGCUGAAAAAAACAAGCUCAAAGGAGGGAAAUUAUAUUUAGAAGAUUGUUUCUAUGUGAUGGGAACUGUUGAUCCGACAGAAAACCAUUGCUUGAAAGAGAAUCAAGUUUGUAUUAUUCAUGAAAAUGGUCAAAUUACUGGAGAUGUGCUGGUUUAUCGAAAUCCAGGUUUACAUUUUGGGGACAUUCACAUAAUGCAGGCCACACAUGUGGAGGGGCUCGAAUCUUAUGUUGGCCAUGGAAAAUAUGCAAUUUUUUUCCCAUGUGUUGGACCUCGCUCUGUAGCAGAUGAGAUAGCUGGAGGUGAUUUUGAUGGUGACAUGUACUGGGUGUCAAAAAAUCCUCAGGUAGUCAGGCAUAUCUCAUUUUAUUGUGGUAUAUAUAUCUUGAGAAGCAGGUAUAUAUAUCUUGAGAAGCAGAAGAGUAGCAGAAGCAGUUACAAAUUUUGA